AUGACACUAAAGGUAGAAAAAGAAGUAAAAGAAUUGAAACAAAAAUUAACUGGAUUUGAUAAACAAUCAUUUCCUGAGAUUAGUGAAAUACCUUCAUUAUCAGAUGAAGAACUUUCAAAAAUUUAUGAAAAUCUCUCUGUUCCACUUCCCGCACGCAUACCUAAAAAGCUGUCUCCUGGUGGCAUAAUUGAUAAAUUAGCAUUAUUUACUCCAAAUUCUCGAGAAUCUGAAUCUAAUACAAGUAGACAACUAUCAACACCAGAAUUGCCUUCUGCUAAAUUAAUCAAAGAGUCAUUGGAGAAUGAUAUUAUUCCUUUGAUUAAUGCACCGGAAAAUAGUAAUUUAAGUAUAGAGCUAUACAAUAAAGUUUUAUAUGCUUGUGCUUUAAAAAAGGAUGUAAAAUCGGCUGAAUUUACUUUACAAAAAAUAAAGGAAGCAGGUUUAACUCCAAAUAUUUUUACAUAUGAACAACUGAUAAAUGUUUAUUCGAGUGUGGGAGAUGUUAAAAAUGCAUUAUCUGCGUUUGAUAUGAUCGAAACUGCUAGGCUUGAACAAACUGUAUAUAGUUUUGCAAAUUUAAUUAAAGCCUAUGUAAACAAUUUACAAAUUGAUGAUGCCUUCAACGUCUAUUCCAAAAUGAAGGCCGCUAAGAUAAUGCCUAAUCAAGGAUGUAUAAAAAAUCGUGAGAUAGCGCGUGCUUGGAAAACGUUUGAUCAUAUGCGAUUAGAAGUUUGUCAACCUGAUGAAGUGACUUAUAGUCUAAUGAUUCAUAUUUGUGCAAAGAUGAGAGAUGUAGAACGUGCUUUUGAUCUGUAUCAAGAAAUGACUGAAAAGGGUUUAUGUCCAACUGAUGUAACUUUCAAUUCUUUGAUCGAUGCUUGUGCACGUCUUUUAGAGGACAUGAGCGAGCAUGGAUAUCUUCCUGACUUGUAUACAUAUAAUUCAUUAGUUUAUGCUUGUGCACAUAAAGGUGAUAUAUAUAUGGCUAGAAAAUUACUGUUAUCGAUGAUGCAAAGUGCUCGACAGAACCCAUCAUUAACACCUAAUUUAGCUACAUUUUCAAAUUUAUUUUUGGCGUAUUCUGCUUAUAAAAUUUCUGAUCAACCUAUAAAGCAACUAAAACAGGAAAAUAAUGGGCCUUCAUAUAAUACAUUAUCUAUUUCAAUUGUGGAUGAAGUCGAGAAUAAUAAUGACAACGAUCAUAGUAUAACAGCAGAAGAAAUAAUUAAUAGCACUGAGAGUUUAGUAGAAACCAACUCUAAUAAUUUAUUAUCAAAAUAUAAAGAUCAUUUAUUAGUUAUUGGAUCUGAUAUCUAUCCGUUAUUAUCAAAUCCUCCAAUAACACAAAAGCAAAUUCUUAUAGAAUCAACCAUUUUAUUUAAAUAUAUUCUUUCUAUUAUUGAACCUUUUAAUUCCACAUCCUUAUCAACCACCAAAUUCUCACGUAUAACGCCAAUGCUGUUUAACUCAUAUUUAUCCGUGUUCGAGAAGAAUGCUUACUUUAACAGAACUUUGGAGCUUUAUCGAAGCAUCAUACCAAAAUACAACAUAGAAUUAAAUAGUUGGAUAUUUAAAACGAUGCUGAAAUCAUGUUAUAAGCACAAGAAAAUAGAAGAUGCUUGGGGUAUUUGGCAAGAUUGGAAAACUUGGCUUGGUAUGACUAAAGAAGUGGAAUAUAAUGUUUAUAAGGAGAUGAUUCAUAUUUUAGCAAGAUGUGAUGAUAUUUGGGGAGCCAUAAGGCUCUUACAAAAACUUUCAACAACGCAAGUUCCAAAAAUUGAAGAUUUUCAAUUACUUCGACAAAAGACGAUUGAAAGUGAGGAUGAAUUUGCAGAAAGCAAAAUAAUGGAAUUAUGCUAUUUUGAUGAAGGAACUCCAAAGACUAGAGUUAAAGAACUAUUGGCCAGAAAAUGGAAAGGUGUCAAUGUUUUACCCGGACAAGUUGGAAGACGAGUAUUGGAAAAAAAAUUGGGAAUUGAUAACAGAAAUAAAUGGUGGAAGAAAAAAAGUGUUAAAGGUAGUAAUGUAAAGAAGGUUGUGUCUAAAAAAAUGUAG